CUCAUUUCCUAUUUCCACUCUUGUUUGAUCUCUCAGAGCAAUCUAUAUUCUAUACCAUCUAGUAAUGGCGAAGGUCGUUUCCUCUGCUUUAGCAUUAGCUAGAUUUGUUGGGUUCUUAAUAUUUCAGAGAAUUCUCAUCUGGGUUUUUAGAAUUCAGAGGUUCUACUCAAGUUCUCUUUCUCUUCUCCAAUCCAAACAUGGGUUUGUAUUGGAACAAUCGAAGGGUUCAAAGGUUUGGUCUGAGAUGACAAAGCAGAAUCUUGAACAGAGAGAUGAUGGGAAACUUUGCAGGGGAGAGGUGGAGAAGAUGAUGGAGAAUUUGGGGAUUUUUGUUAGCAAAGAUGAUGAAAAGCUUCAGGAGAGAUUGGGCUUGGAAGAGCUUUCAGCUCUGUUUGAGGAGGAGCCCAGCAUAGAGGAGGUGAAGGAAGCUUUUGAUGUGUUUGAUGAGAACAAAGAUGGGUUCAUAGAUGCAAGCGAGUUGCAGAGAGUAAUCUGUAGUUUGGGUUUUGGGGUGGGUUCAGAGGUGGAGGAUUGCAGAAGGAUGAUUAAAACCUUCGACAUGAAUGGAGAUGAGAAGAUAGAUUUUGGAGAAUUUGUGAAAUUUAUGGAAAAUAGUUUCUAAUGAAUUAUAUUCUUUUGUACAGUUGAGAUUCAAAUGUUGAUUCAGUUUAUACUCUUUACGAUUCAAUGGUUUUGUAUU